AUGGGAACACACAUUAUUACGUUGGCAGGUUUCUCAAGACUGAAGCGACUUGAUGUACCUAUGGAUAUCUUAGGACGUCCGCACGACAUUGUGUUCUCCAAUACCAGUAGUCUGGAUGUGACAAAGCACGAUGGCACAGCGAUUAUGGAUCGUGCGCUUCCAAUGGGCAAGACGCUGGCGGAGCUACGUUCCAAGGUCUUACCGCUUACUAUGCAAUAUCUUCACCUACGAUCAUGCAACAAAUGGAUGUUUGCCCUCUUGCAAAGAAUCAACGAAGUCCCUGUGGAAGAAUUGAGGCUCAGGCACGUCGAGCUGUCUUUCGAGCCAUCGCCUAACAGCCUUUUGAUACAGUGCGAUGCUGCAGAUCUGGGUCAACUGAAUUACUCUCAGUUACUCGUAGAUCUUGACCGUAAAGGAGUCAAUGUCACUUUCCAUACCGGACCGCAAGGAACUCUCGUGGACAUGCGCAAAGAGAUCGAGGCGCUUUCCUGUUUGACGACUAUAGAGACCUGGCACUACUCGAUCACGCACGCGCCAUUCUCCAAGUGGAACCCAGAAGCUAUCAGAAAGCGUCAGUCGCUGAAGAUGGGCUUUAGAUAUUUCUUACGGCACGCUGACCACCACUCACAACUACUCAAUAGUCCCACUUUCAACCUAGAGUCGUGGACACAGAGCGCCUUCUUCCACGGCACCAGGAAUAGUAGAUGGGACCCGCAGCUUCUGGAUUCAAAGAUGAAAACGAAAACAGUCGGGUCUAGUGGAUGGAAUGAGAGGGCUCUUGGGAAGCACGCACUGAAGCGACGACUUUCACCGUUAUUGAAUUUGGAUACCUAUCAGUUUAGCCUCCGGAUCAAGCAGAGUCUUACACCGCUACCUAGAGAAAGCCGAUUCCUUGGUGCUAGUUUCACUACCAUAGACGGCACGCGCGCACAGCCUUCAGAUCAGCAUCGAAACACAGCGAAGAAACCUCGUACGUACGAAGAGAAGCCGAAGCGAUCGAAGCGUGCUGAGUGUGUUGAACUUGAAUCGCACACAAUAACCGAGGUUCACAAUCUACAAGACGAUAUAGACAGGCUACGGCUAGGACCUGGCAACAUCAUUAGCAUAGAUUCCCAGUUCAGUGCAACACUGUGGGCCGGUGUCAAAUGGAAGAUGUUCCUGGAGGCGAACCCGGCCACACGAUGUAUGAAAGUUCUGGAAUAG